UUUAAGAUGGAUGAAGAAGUUCAGAUGAAAAAUAUUAAAGAAUUUUUACAAAACUACAAUAAAAUAACUGAUGAAUGUUUUUCGCAGUGCGUUUUUACAUUAUCACAUAGCAGGUUGACAGAGGAUGAGGCUUUGUGUGCAAGUAAUUGUGUACAAAAAGCUAAAUUUGUUGAUCAAAAAUGUAUGCAAGCAUUUAUUGAACAUCAACAACAAUCAAUGCAAAAAUUCAUGGAAGAAGCUAAUCAAAAACAGGCCACACAAGAACCUGCUGCUGACUCUAACACUGUAGAAACAAAAAUUAAUACAGAAAUGGUUUAACAAUCAAUGGAAUCAAAUUCGAAUUAAAGUUAUAUAUGUAUGAUUAAAAAUUAUUUAACUUAGUAUUUGUAUAUGUAAAUAUCUAUAAUGUAGCAUUAUGGUUACUGUUGAUUUGAAAAUACUGU